AUGGACUUCUAUUCAAGUUGGAAUCGUGAAUCCGGGUGGCUAUCGCUAAAAAACAGUGAGUAUAACUAUCAAAUGCGGGAGGAUUUACAGGAAAUUCGAGACUCUGUGGAAAUACUCGCUUUAGACACCAACGACCGUCCUUCGUUUACUAAAUCUUCAACGAAACCGAGAUCAUAUUAUGACCCUACAAUAAAUUUCCAUCCGACUUUUCCUAACAUAUCCCAUGAAUACAGUUCCCAGAGGAGUAAUGUUGCUAGCAAAACCAUUAGUAAAAUACCACUCUGGGGAGGCAACUCGCUGUCUACAAUCAAUGAAACGAAGGUUGAAUCUCCUGAGUGCCACAUCAUACCUUCCCCACAAAUUUUAGUUCACACUUCGAACCAUUUCAAGUUUGACGAUAAAUUAUGUGCAACAAAUGAUGAACGUGGAGCUUUCCCGGCAAGCUUGAACUCACCCGAUAGCAUUGGGAUAGCACUUGGGAGUCCCAAGAAAGAUGUUUUUACAAGACCAGAAUUGAAAGGAAAUCGAAUGAGUUCAAGAGUCUGCGAGAGCAUUGCAGAAAAUAGAUACCACAAAUCUCCAAGAAAACGAAAUUCGAAAAGAUGGAGGAUAAUGAUGGGAGGUCUAUUUAGCGGUAAGAGAAGUAGAUCGCAAACAACAUCGGCAUUUUAUCAAAACAAAUCACGGCGGCCACUAGAAUCUGAGUCGGGCCGGAUGACUAUGAAUAAAUACCGUAAAUACAACGAGGGAGUCUCUACAAAAGUAACAAAAUUUGAACGAAAGAGUGGCAAGAAAUCACUUAUGCGAUACUACAUGACGACAGAAAGUAGAGAACUAAAACAAAGACCAAGUCUUCAUCGGGACAUGAAAAAGCCCAACAGGCCCACCGCUACAGAAAAAAGCUCAUUACUUAAUGUUGAUAUCCCGACUAUAAAGAUGGAUAGGUAUAGCGUUAUGUUUAGUGGACUUCUCAACAGCUCGCAGUCAAACGCUCACCGGUUAUCUACGAAACGAAGACAUGACUUCGAAAGACUGAAGGCUGUCACCGAAGCUCUGGCUAUGAAGGAACGCGAGUUAGAUGAACGAUUUCGGAAGUUAAACCAACAAACAGCAUGUCCUCAAGUGGCCCGGGCUUCAUUUUCUUUAUUUCCCAGAGAAACAACACGAAACAAACAUGAAUCAUCGCACUCCCAACUUCCACCUUCCGCCGAGCUGCAGGGAUCCAAGGGGCCCCUGAAACCACCCCCGCCUCUUUCCUCUCGAACCAAGCGGAUAGCACAGACCACAUCAUCGAAUUCAGCCUACCUAGGCAAGGAGAGCGGAAAACAAGCAGCAAGGGAACCCCUAGUUGCUCCACGAGCCGAGAAAACCUCCCGAGAUCAACCACCCGGAAAAUUAUCCAAACCUCCGUACAUAACAUCAAGCCACCAAAAGUCACCCGAUAGCGAUGAUUGGGGGCUAUUUAGUCCGAGCGCAUCUUCCAUCCGAUCGAAUCCCCUCGCUCUCAACCCGCCUCUCAUCAAUGAACCGGUAGCCGAAACCAUUUAUAAAUUUAAUUGUACCUCUUCCAGUCCUCCCAUAAUGGCAGCCCCUUCUCGUGAGGCAGUUGGGCUUCAACCGGUAACGGAGCCGCUGGUAGAUAGUCUACCGUAUUAUGGCAGGGCGGCCGCUAGCGUCUUUCCUACGCGCAAAUCAAGUAUGAGCACGCCCCGAGAUGCCACCAUUUCGCCGGAACUAAAGUCUAAGUUCUUCGUGGCACCUACUGCGGCCCCGCUGCGCACUAGCCUUCUAACCGGAGUUCAAGAAAGCCCGCUUGAAGCGUUUGCCAAGGCUGCUAGUGAGGAACGGCGACGCGUCGCGCGCCCUGCACCAACAGAUUCCCGCAGCACGUAUUCCGGACUUGAGGGGCUUACUGCCCAGUGCGUGAAGAGCGUACGAUAUGUUCGGCCGACUUUCGUUCUAGCCUGCGAGGAGUCUGGACGAAUGAGUGAGUGUGCCAGCCUGAAGUUGGAUAGUGACAGUAUCCGCACUGUUACAGACCGUCGGCCUAGCUAA